AUGCUCAUCAAAUCUUACCCGGGUGGUGCGGCAGUCAAUGGGUCGUUAUUUGUUACGUUCUUGAUUACAUUUCUGCUCAUCACUUUCUCCGUUCCUGCGUCAAAGUCCUUCAUCCGGCUGACCGGAGUCUUGGCUCUUGCGAGCUUGACUUACGCGCUCCAGCUCGCGUCUAGUGAGUGGAUCGCCAAUCCUCACUGGCGUUCCGCGAUCGUUCCACUUUUAUGGAUUCAGUUCAUGAGUGCUUCUGAGCUUGUCCUAGUCAGAAGGUGGGAUGGCAGCUGGGAACCGGAUGCCCGCACCAAGAGCACAGCUGGGUUCGCCCCAUCUUCCGCCUCUUCCGCUGCCCGAACGUACGAAUCUCUGAUGCUGCUUUGGAAGCUCAGACGAAUCGGCACGAGGUGGCAGGUCAGAAAUGUUCCUGGAUUACAACAACGGUCUCCACACCCCCCAGAGAGCCGGGUCGCAUUCAUCUUGAAACGAUCUCUCAAGAUCCUGGUUGCCUACCAGGUGCUUAGCCUCAUGACGCAGGCCCCGCCUCCGGACCCGAAUUUUGUCGGUCGAGACAAACAAGCGCUGGCGUUUCAGGGUCUCGUCAGGCUGUCGCAAGCGGACAUCACCUUCCGCAUCAUUGGGACCCUGUCGUUCUGGGCCUGCACGGCUCUCAUAAACCUACUCAUGUUCGAAAUUGCUUGCCUCGGAUUCGUUGUCGUUUUUCUAUGCAAGGUCGAGGACUGUCCUCCACUCUAUGGGGAUUUCUCAUCUGCCUCAACCAUUAGGGGUUUCUGGGGGUAA